UACAACUCCUAACGUAGCUGCCGGACUUCGCUGAUAUUUUCAAAAGCCGAUAACAAAAGGACACCAUGAUGGCCGAACUGGAGCUGGAGUGCGGGAUUUGUUACCGCCCCUAUAACUCGGGUCGCCGCUGUCCGCGGCUGCUCGGCUGUCAGCACCGCUUCUGCCAGUCCUGCCUGCUGCGCCAGGGCUCCUCCACGCGGCUGCCGGGAGAAAGCGACUCUCAGCCCCACAUCGUGUGCGCGCUCUGCCGCCACCACACCGUCCUCACGGAGGCGGGACUGAAGGAGGACCUGCCGGUGGACGAGGAGGUGUUGCAGCGCCUGAUGGCCGAGGGGGCCCUGGAGGGCAGCGCGAGUGACGAUGAGGACGAUGAAGAGCCAGAAUCGGAGACAAGCUCCCAAAAUAAAGAGGAGAGUUUACCAAGGACUAGGAGAGGACGAGUGUGGAGGGCCAUGAAGAAACUCUGCAGCAAAGUCAGAGGACAAGAUCGACGAAGCUGUAUUACUGAUGCUGAAAUGAGGGAUCUGGCACGGAUGUCUUGCUACAUGAUUUAAGCGACGAGAAAGACCCUAAAAUUUUCGCAUAGACUGUCUUAAUGGAUUCACAUCAAACUGGACAUGUAGCCAGGCAGACUGGUCACAGGCUUCUCAAGCACUGAUCGCUCCUUUCAAAGGCACUUAAAAUCCAUGCUUGUAUGGUUAUACACUGUGGAAAGGAGAUGGCUAUGACCGGACUUGCAUAAAGGAAUGUGACUGUAGGUCUAUUGAUCGACCAGACUAAACAACACUGAACUGCAGCAAUUUUAGAGGGGAUUUCAUAUAGGCCCUUCCACUGCCAGUAUUUUCCACAUGUUUUCACCAUGAAUAACAUGUAAGAAAUGUAGCACUGUGAUGGAAUGUAAGCUUUGAACUCUUGAACCAAGACAUUCUAGCUAACGUUAAAUUGCCUAAUUUGGUAGAGUGAGUAUUAGCAUACUAUGUGGUACUGUAAAAAUGUUUUGGUGCUCUUAAUUUAUUACAGUGCUUAUUGUAUUUAUUGAUUUAUAAAUCUGAUCUUUGUACUAUUUUUAAUAAAAACUUUGGAAUAUUUUCUGCAUUUUGUAAUA